CUGCACUACGGUCCCCUCCUGGGCAGCAGAGCUUGUGUCCACAUGGCAGCAGCUGCCUGGGGCACUGGGUUCCUCUAUUCUCUGCUGCACACAGCUAAUACAUUUUCCCUGCCCCUCUACCAGGGCAAUGCCCUGGACCGCUUCUUCUGUGAAAUCCCCCAGAUCCUCAAGCUCUCCUGCUCACAUUCCUACUACAAGGAUUUUGACCUUCUUGUGGUCAGUGCCUGUUUAGUAUUUGGCUGUUUUCUUUUCAUAGUGGUGUCCUAUGUGGAGAUCUUCAGAUCUGUGCUGAGGAUCCCCCCUGAGCAGGGACGGCACAAAGCCUUUUCCAUGUGCCUCCCUCACCUGGCUGUGGUCUCUCUGUUUGUCAGCACUGGCAUCUUUGUCUACCUGAAGCCCCCCUCCAUCUCCUCCCUCUCCCUGGACCUGGUGCUGGCAGUUCUGUACUCAGUGGUUCCUCCAGCAUGUCGCCUGGUGGUGGUCGUGAGGGUCGUGGAGAUAAAGAAGAAAUGA